CGGAGAAAUCCCCUGCCAGCGUUUAUAGGGCGCCGCGGCGGCGCUGGCGAGCCCACAAGAGUCGCAGGCAGCGGUCCUCCCCUCCGUGACACUGCGAGGCAGCGAGCGCGCAGCCCGCGGCCGAGCGCACCUGGGCCGCAGCGCCAGAGCUUUCAGCGCGCCAUGUUUCAGCCCGCCGAGCACGGCCAGGACUGGGCCAUGGACGGUCCCCGGGACGCGCUCAAGAAGGAGCGGCUGCUGGACGACCGCCACGACAGCGGCCUGGACUCCAUGAAGGACGAGGACUACGAGCAGUUGGUGAAGGAGCUGCGGGAGAUCCGCCUCGAGCCGCAGGAGGCGCCGCGCGGCGCCGAGCCCUGGAAGCAGCAGCUCACCGAGGACGGAGACUCGUUCCUGCACUUGGCCAUCAUCCAUGAAGAGAAGGCACUGACCAUGGAAGUGAUCCGCCAAGUGAAGGGCGACCUGGCCUUCCUCAACUUCCAGAACAACCUGCAGCAGACUCCACUCCACUUGGCUGUGAUCACCAACCAACCAGAAAUUGCUGAGGCACUUCUGGAAGCUGGCUGUGAUCCUGAGCUCCGAGACUUUCGAGGAAAUACCCCCCUACACCUUGCCUGUGAGCAGGGUUGCCUGGCUAGUGUGGGAGUCCUGACUCAGACCUGCAGGACCCAGCACCUCUACUCCAUCCUCCAGGCCACCAACUACAAUGGUCACACGUGUUUACACUUAGCCUCUAUCCAUGGCUAUUUGGGCAUCGUGGAGCUUUUGGUGUCUUUGGGUGCUGAUGUCAAUGCUCAGGAGCCCUGUAAUGGUCGAACCGCCCUCCAUCUUGCAGUGGACCUGCAGAAUUCUGAUCUCGUGUCACUCUUGUUGAAGUGUGGGGCUGAUGUCAACAGAGUGACCUACCAGGGCUACUCCCCAUACCAGCUCACCUGGGGCCGCCCAAGCACGCGGAUACAGCAGCAGCUGGGCCAGCUGACCCUCGAAAACCUUCAGAUGCUGCCAGAGAGCGAGGAUGAGGAGAGCUACGACACGGAGUCAGAGUUCACAGAGGACGAGCUGCCCUAUGAUGACUGUGUGCUUGGAGGCCAGCGCCUGACGUUAUGAGCUUCGAAAAGUAUCUAAAAGAACAUGGACUUGUA